AUGUCCCUUCACCGCCAUGUCUCCCUGGACAGUAUGAGCACCACUGACUCCGAUUCCGAGCACUCCUCUCUGGCCGACGACAACAGUCUGCAAUCUGACGCAGCCGACUCCGAUGUCGAUACUCUGCCUAGCACACCGCCCGAUCCCCACCAACUCUCGCAGGUCACCCUCUAUUCUCCUGGACGCUCAUUCGAUGAACAUGAUCCCCGGAGUCAGCCACCCGUAGCCAAGGACUUGGGUCCCCAUGUCGUGGAUAUGCAGGUCCCGGCUCACGCACCAAUGAACGCCCGCGGCGUUCGCACCGAGCAUGGCAUCCCGGAAGAGUUCUGGGCCCUGCUGAGGGAAACAUGCCCUGACAGUGAACUACGCCCCAUGGUCUCUAGGAUCCUGAAUGCAAUCUGGGAGCUACAGAAGGAGUGGGUGGAAGUCAACCGAGACGGGUUCGUGACCAAAACCAUCAUGGGGAUAGAAGAGCACGAAUUUUGGGUCGUUCAGAAGGUUCUGGAAGCCAGCUGGGAGUGGGACCUGCACACGGGUGUCGUCAAACACUGGAUUUCGUUUCUCCGAUGCAUGUCUCUUGACUUCUGGCCCAAGGAUGAGCGUGCGGUGGCGAUCGCACCAACGUUCGCGGAGGAUAUCACUUACUCCAUCCUGUCGACGUUGAGCAGGUCGAUGUUGUUAAGCGGCAUGGGCUGGUCAAAGGUUGGCUCGAGCAUAGCUCCCCGAACGGUGGUCAAGAACGCAGACAUCCACUUAUGUGCGAGGUUCUGCGCGAUCCAGGUGGAUCGACCCCGGGUUAGACCAGGCCAGGAAAUAUUCGUUUGUGUCGUGGCGCAGAGCCGGGCUGAGUUUGUGUACCAAGCUCACAAGAUUGGCAAAGCUCUCCAAUCUCUGCGCAAGCUGCGCGGAUUCUUGCUCGUUCUCAUUGGCGAGCUGGAACGCAAUGAUCAGGCCCACUUAGCAUGCGUUCCGGGGAGCUUUGAGGGUGCUCCUCGACUCGAAUGUUGCGUGAUCUCAUGCGAGCAAGCUGACUUCGAGUGGUUCAGAGCCACUGCAACCGAAGCUGCGACGUUCCAGGACUGGGAGAGAUCUCGGGUGUUCAUGAGAUGGCUCGGUGUAAUGAGCCCCGAUGCAACAACCCCUGCCGGCUUCGACCACUUCGAAUCGUUCAUACGCACGUUCCUCGACACAUACUACUUCGAUGUGCUCAAGCCUUGGUCUUGGGCCAAGAAACCGGCAGAACCGCCCAUGGCGGAACAGUGGGACACGCUCGGGGGUGAAGUACUAUCGUUCAUUCAAGGAGCGGCGCAGCAGAUAUCUGGAGGCUUGCUCGGCCUGAGGUCGGGGGCCGGCAAGCUCAACCUCGCCAGCCCUUCUGUGGCUUACUUCCAGGGAUGUCUACUGGAUUUAUACCGCCCCGUUCAGGCCGCGGCGUGUGCAAACGCGGCCGUAUUUCCCCUUCUCGCCCUUCCUUCCUUGACGGCGUUAACAUCGAUCUUCCUUCAAGACGGCGAGGGCGGUUAUAUCAACCCGGACGCCUCUUUCAUCAUGUAUCUGGGUGCCACCAUUCACCUAUUUUUUGUUCUGGAGGUCUGCGUGUCACAAACCGCGCCCAACAUAAUGGCUAAAUCAAACCCGGCAUUUGCGGUCAUCUUCGUCUUCGUCAGGGAGGCGAAGAUUCAAGGUCUCAGGCUUCGAUCUGCCAGCUGGCGCGGUGUCUGGAUCCGGUCAUCAACGCGAAUAGGCCCUCGAGGAGAGAUGGUGGGCAAGGUCUUCAAGUACGAUGCGUCUAGGAAGGGGAUGGGCAAGAAAUGGGGGAGGUGGGAGAUUAUGCAGAGGAAGACGGUUACCAGCACGUUCCGACGGGUAUUGAAGCCCAAUGCCCUGGUCCCGGCAGGUCAGCCCGAAGGUUAUUGGCGACGUCGCCACACCCCGAGGCCAGCCGUGGACCAGAUUGAAGGGCACGGGGUCGCCCUCCAUGGCACCUCGAGGGCUUACAUGGUCCUUGCUCAGUCUUGGAACUUCGACAAGAUAGUCCAAGCCGACGCUCAACAUUGGGACCUGAGACGGGUAAGACGGGAGUUUCCAUGCCUGGAGAUCACGAGCGAUCUUGGGCGGGACUUCGUGACCGCGCCCUAUGCAUCACCCCAAGCCCUCACAUCCUUCACUGGGGAGCUGGUUAAGUCCCAGGUCAUGGCUUGGAAGGGCUUCUCGGCGGUAUCAACUUAUCCCCCCACAUCUCCCAACUUCUUUGCGAGCGACACCGGUCGCAACUCGGUUCUCUUAAACUUCCUCCACCACCACCUCCCCGGUUAUCCCCAGGUUCCGAUCCACAUCUCCAACACCGAUCCCGUUGUACAACACCUCCGCACCAAUGCCGAAGACCUUGGGAUCGCGUCGGAGGACAUAGUGAUCGCUUGCGAGACAUGCUAA